GGUAAGCCUUCAGGAAGAUCAAUCGACACGCUUGCAGUUGGUGCGGGCGCGAAAAAAAGCUUCGCGAGAGGCUCAUCCCCGCCCGCAGCAUCAAGCAGAUCGCGGAAGCACCGCUGGCUGCGGUGCAGACGGCGCUCGGCGAUGACAAGGGCGCCAGAGCGCUCCAGAACGCCUGCAAGGCGGCCCUCAAGCGUGAGCCGUCCGCCCCGGCCAAACGAGGCGCAGCGGAUUCUGCGACUUCCCAAGCGAAGCGGCCCAAGACCGACUUGUUCAUGACUGGGCCCGUCGAGAUGACCCCGCAGGAGCAGGAGAAGGCGCUCGAGCUGCCGCUGUGCAUGGACGAAGAGCGCAUCUCGCAGACGGUCAUAGAGACCAACAGGGCCCCGCUCGUCCUGGCGUUUGCCGUCGAGCUCUUGCGGCACACCAUGCCCCAGCAGCCGUUAUCGAGCCGGCUCAGCUUGGCACAGGCCGUUGUCAGCGCAAACUCGAGGUCGAAGGCCGUCAGCAUCGGGCUGGAGAAGGGGCCGAGCGCAGACGAGGAAGGAUGGGGCGAGGGCCAACCGCGGGUGAAGGUGAUGGGCAGGGAGAUUGCCGUGCUCAAGAGGGGAGGCUACGAGUGGCGGGGGGAAGAGAAGGUGGGAGAGCACGGGGCUGAGGGCGCAAAAGCCGGGAGUGCAGUUUCAGAAACACAGGCAGAAACGGAAACGCAAGCCUCCUCGGCAACCGUAACCUUCGAACCGACCCCGAAGUCCACCUGGGCAGCAAGCCAGCCCAUCACCCUCAAGGGCUCCACGUUCAUCGCCCGCGCCACACACAUCAGCGACCCAGCCCAGCGGCAAGUCCUCAUGCAGUCGCUCUUCGCCGAGGUCCCUACCCUCAAAACCGCCACCCACAACGCCUGGGCCUAUCGUCUCCGCCCGCCGCCCGACGCAGCCCCGGGUGCGCGAAUCCGCGAGGAGGCCUUCGACGACGGCGAAACCGGCUGCGGCGAGCUGAUGCUGCGUGUCAUGCGCGAGUCCAACACGGUCGACACGCUCGUCGUGCUGACCCGCUGGUUCGGCGGGACCCUGCUGGGCCCGGACAGGUGGCGGCUGAUGCGCAACUGCGUCGCGGCCGCGCUGGCCGAGCGGCUGCGCAAGACGGGCGCCGAAGUCACCCUCGGAGGCGAGGCGCUCUGGGGGCUGGAUCUGGAGGCCGCGCGGGCGAGGCAGACGGCCACGGUGGGCGGGUACGGCAGCGGCACGCCGGCGCACCAGGUCGUCACCGGCGUGGUGGGCAUGCAUAUCCACCGCCCCGAGGCGGCGAGGGCUUAUCUGAUGAAGAGCUUUGCCAGCGCGCCGGCGCAGGAGCAGGACGCGGCGGGCAAGAGUCCAAAAAAGGUAAAAACGCAGAAGGCGGUGCAGGCGGAGAAGGAGGAGAACCUCGGGCUGCUGCUCGGGGCGCUGAGGAUCGUGUACGACAGCUGGGCCGACCACCUCGACGCAGCCGAGCUGGAUAGGAGGGCAUGGGGAUGGUACGUUGCGGUGAGGCCAGAUGUGGAGAGUGGGCAGGCCGGCUGGGGCGCGAAGGGAAAGGUCAAGCUGAGCGACGUGUUGAAGUUGAGGAGGCCGGGCAGUUGACAAUUGAGCACUGGGAUACGCACAGCGGCACCGUCAUGAAAUUCUGAUGAACCA